ACUCGAGAAUACAGUCUUCACCGGCUUGGAAAUAACGGACGAUAGAAUUUUCCUCGCCAUGCCGAGGUUGCGUGCCGGAGUUCCUGCCACCCUUGCUACCAUCCCCAGGAACACACCCCCGUCAUCUAGCCCCGUCCUCCGCGCUUAUCCUGAUUGGUCCAAGCACGCUAGCGUGAAGGGUAGCUUUAAUUGUUCUCAGAUCAUUUCCGUUUAUAGAAUGAGGAUCGACUCUUGUAAUAGGCUGUGGGUUUUAGAUUCUGGCGUGAUGACUUCGAUCGACGACUUCACAAGAGUGUGCCAACCGAAACUAGUAGUUUUUGAUCUAUUCUCCGACAUUGUAGUACGUACAAUUAUCCUUCCUGAAGGUGUCCUCAGACCUGCGUCCCUUCUAACUAAUUUGGUGGUAGAUGAGAGUGUCCAAGGACGAUGCGAUUCAUCUUUUGUUUAUAUGACUGACACGGCAGCGCCAGGUUUGGUGGUGUAUGAUGGAGUGAGAGAUCAAGCUUGGAGAUUAUCGCAUCCUACUAUGUUUCCUGAUCCAAAUUUCUCAGAUUACAAUAUAGGCGGGGAAAGCUUCACGUUGAUGGAUGGUAUUAUUGGAAUAACCCACUCUCCCAAACUGGCUACGGUGUAUUUCCAACCUUUAGCCACAGAUAGAAUUUUCAGCAUACCAACAACUACUCUAACAAAAGGACCACCGGGUGAAUUUGAGAAACUACCCAUCUCUUUCGUUGGAAGAAAAUCAUCACAGGGAGUAGCACUCACUUUGAAUCUCGUAGACGAGACAUUGUAUUUCAGUCCUACAGCAGAGACAUCUGUAGCAUCGUGGAAUCCAUUAACAAAUCAACAAAAGUUGUUGGCCUACGAUCCAGAAAAACUUCAGUUCCUCGCUGAGUUGAGAUGGAAAAGCGACGGUACGUUAUGGAUUUUGAGUACAAGAUUCCAAAAAUUCUUUUUGAGGACUGUUUCCCCACUCGAAAUCAACCUUAGAGUGAUCAGAGUGUUCCCCAAAAAUGGAAUUUCCCAUGGAGUCACUAAUAACCUGUUUAUCUGAGGUGAAGACUUCCUUCAGAGAAGAUAUAACUUCAACGAAGCACACUGCCACAUAGAACUACUUAGAUGGCUCGUGAAAAUAAAAUUUUCCUCGUAAAGACUAUGCAACGCUAGUGACGACUGCCAGAUAUGAACUCGAACAAUGUAGUGUUAGGAUUAUUGUAAAUAGUCGUUAUUUGUUACUAGGAGAUCAUACCUUAAAAUUUCUUCAUUAUACCAUUUCAAAUUUAAUUGAAUUUUUAUAUAUCCUACAGUAUUUUUUACUUAUUUAUAUGUCAAGUGACAUAACUAUUGGUGACCUGUUAUUUUUUAUACUAGUAAAAAACUGAGAAUGGAAA